UCCGCCUCAGACAACACCGACAACACCGACUCUCUGUGGGAAAGUUGCUCCUCAGCGCGGCUGUAAACACUCGUCUCUUCCCCUCAGAAGAUCAACAGGUCCGGACCAACAUGUCGUUUUAAGAGAGCAGUGGGAUUACUAUGCAGAGCAGCGGCCGCGUCCCGUUUCUCUACGAAUAUUCCGGAUUUUGGGUGGAUUUUGAAUCUCCUACAGGAUAGAGAGACUGAAGCUUCCGCGGAAGGAUAUAGAGCAACGAGAUGGGAAAUAUGAUACUGAUGGCGCUGCUGCUGGUUCACCUGCCGACAGAGCUGCUGUCCAUCCAGGUGAUUGUUCCAGAGACAGAGAGGAGGACGACUCUGUUUGCCUCCGUCAUUCUGCGCUGUGACUACUCAACGUCAGCCAACCCUCAGGAUGUCCUGGUCACCUGGAGGUACAAGUCCUUCUGUAAAGACCCAGUGCUGGAGUUCUACUCCACAGGCUAUCAGGCCGCUCUGCAGCUGGGUCAGGACCCCUCCAAUGAUUGCCCGGACCGCCAGCGCACAGUCCGCACUGUGAUCCAGAAGAGGGGCAUUAAUGAGCCCAUCCUGGGUGCAGACUACAGAGAACGCAAAAUUACCAUUCAAAACAAGGCUGACCUGGUCAUCACUGAGGUGAUGUGGUGGGAUAACGGAGUUUAUUUCUGCACCAUUGAUGCUGCUGGUGACACGACAGGGGACUCAGAUCGUGAAGUCAAACUCAUCGUGUACCACUGGCUGACAGUCCUGUUAAUCAUCCUCGGUGCUCUCCUGCUCAUCAUGCUCUUCUGCAUCUGUUGCUGUCAGUGCUGCCCGCAGAAGUGCUGCUGCUACGUUCGUUGCCCGUGUUGUCCACAGACAUGUUGCUGCCCGGAAAAAGCUGUGAUGCAGCACCGGAUGCUGCGAGACGCUCAGAAGGCGAUGGCUCCUUGGGUGAAUGGUCAACCCAUUUACGCUCCCAUUAGCUCCAAUGUCUCCUCCCAGGGUGUUCCCAUACUGUAUUCAGGCUCCUACGCGGACUACCCGGUCAAACAAAACUUUGCCAUGGCUCCCAUGCAGCUGUCACCCAUGGCCCUACAGCAGCAGCCCCCUCCUCAUCCACACCAUGUAAACGGCAGCAUGCGGGGCAGCACUCAUGGUACCGGCCAGGUGUUGGACUACCUGGAGAACCAAGUGAGGGGGAUGGAUAUGGCGGCGCCUCAAAUGGCUCAUUACGCUGUCCAAAACAGGCCUCAAUUACAGCCUCAGUUCCAGCCAGGUCCUCCUGCAGUGCCCUACACACCCGGGCCACCGAGUAUGUUGUCAGCCCUGGAUGAGAUGGGGGUGAAAGGGGUGGAGAGAAGGGUGAUAACCCUGCCUCCUAUUAUCCAGCGUGUCCCCAGUUUUUCCUCACGCAGGGGGCCUGCAGCAGGAGAUGGACCCAGAGGUGGUCAGAGGUUAUCCAGCCAGUCCAGUGGGAGCGCAAACCACUCUGGAGGAGGUCUCCCCCGCAACAGUCGUGGCUAUAGAGACGUCUCUCCACCCAGACGGGGGAUCCUGCGGGAUUACAGCGAUGACUCCGACUGGGAGAACAGACGAGGAAGAGUGUCACACAGGGGUUCAAGGAACGAGCGAGGAGGCUCGGCCAGGAGGAGCGGAGCUGGAUCCAGGCGGCGUACUCACAGCCGCGACGACCUGAUGGAGGAGCUGCACAGCAGAGCAGCUCGGAGAGAGAGGAGCUAUUCACCUCCUCAGCGUCGCAAAGGAUCCUGGAGCUCAGAUGAAGAGGACAGCAGGGGAAGAAAAAGUGGUAAAGGGAAGGAUUGGCCAGAGAAGCCCCCCAGCUACUUCUCCAUAGAGAACCAGACUGAACACAGUAACGGCCGGAGGAACUACAACCCCCUUUCUGUAAGACCUCACACAAAUACUGACACACACCCUCAACCAAUGGUCUUAUGAAAAUCCCUCUCUUUUUGCCACUGUCCUUUUUUUGUUUAGCCUUGACUUCUUUCUUUCAUCACUUUCAUCUCUCUCUCUCUCUCUCUCUCUCUCUCUCUCUCUCUCUCUCUCUCUCUCUCUCUCUCUCCCCCUUUCCUGUCACUCGUCAGCUGUCACUGUCAAUUAAAAGGCAAUAAAAUAUUGUUAAAUGAAAACAUGUCGUAGAAACAUUCAUGGUUCCAAGUCGAUGAAUUGCUUUGACUUUGAUGAUCCCCUGACUUUUGUUCUAGCGCCAUCAUGACGUUCAUCUUUCUGGUUUUUAGUGAAAGUAUUUGAUGGUUUGAUAUGAAAUUUGGUUCAUGAUCAUUGGAGGAUGAAUAGACCUUUUUCACAGCAGCCAUUUUGACAUGAAAUAGUAGGGUAAACACAGCUGAUACCAAUGAUAGUAAUUAAGACUCCGUUCCAUUCAGGUCAAACAGAGUCAGGGUGCUGCUGUUGAGCUUGUUGGCUCACUGGAAAGGCUCUGCUACACUAAAUGGAGUUAAACCUUUAUACGUAUCAUUGUUAACACCUGUGUUUACCCUAUUAUUUCAUGUCAAAAUGGUUGCUUGCUGGUUUGCUUGCAUCAAAAUUUUAAUGUCACUAAUCAGCCUCAACUGUACUUUGUGUUUAGUGCUAAUUAGAAAAUGUUAACAUGCUAAACUACAAUAGUAAACAUGGUCAACAUUAAACAUUGUCAUUGUGAGCAUGUUAAAGUAGAGCUUCACAGAGCUGCUAGCGUUACUCUCUUAUUGACUGCUUUCAUCACUUUUUGAUCCGUUCUUCGGUAUAUUGUGAAUCGUCACAUCUUCCUCUUUAACUUAACCUCACCUCCGUCACUUUUCUCUCUUAGGAUAGAAGUUCCCGUAGCAGCACCAGCGUAGUCAUCUGAAGCAUUUCUAUCUUUUUUCACCUUUUCCUGAAUGUUUGCAGAACGGUGCCGAUGAAGACCGACAGUAGGAACAUUCAUCUGUUCAAUCAGCGUACAAAGAUGUUUGAUAGCGAGUCCUUAAAAUGUACAAAAUGUACUGUAUACCUUUACUCUGUUUGCACUGUUUGUAAUUUGUAAUGUAACGAAAUAUGAUUUUUAUAUAUGAAGUAAAGCUGUUGAGUCUAUAAACUGCAGAUCACAUGCAGUUUUAUAAAGCCUCUUGUUAUUUAGACGAUGUAAUGAGUGUGAGCUUGUGUUCAAUGAUGUACUUUGUAUGUGUGUGAUUUCCUUCUGGUGAUGGAUAAAAUAAUCCUUACUGAUGUUUAUGAAGUAAAUGUUUAACAAGAAGAUUGUUGGAUAUUGAGAUAUUUUGUGGGUUAUUUAGAUUUAUCAUUGUGAACAUGUUAUGAGUGUUGUUUUUUUAAAUAAUUUCUUAUUUUUGCAUAAUUUCUUUUACUUUUUGAACUGUUUUUUUUAUCUUUUAUCUUUAUCUGAAGUGACACUGUUAGACAGUAAGAGCAAUAAAAAGUAUGAUACAUGUGUUAGAAGAUGGACGGAGUUAGUCGACAGAAGAUUUUAUUAUUGGAUGAACUCACCAACAUAGAAUUGUGAUUUUCAUUAAUGUUUGUUUUUGUUACAAACAUGAGUAGAGAUGUAUUGUGAUUAAAUUUGUACUUUUUAAAUAAACCUUUUUAGAUACAA